AUUUUGAUCAAAUUAGAUACCUAAAAAGAACAUAAUAUAGUAUGAAUUAGAAUAAUUUAUUACCACAAAUUAUUUAAAAUAAACGCAAGUUAUUUUAAACUUAAAACUUGAUCAACUAAAAUAAAUGUUUAGGAUAAACUAUUAUAGAAAAAGAUAUUUAUUAGGAAGAAUAAAUUUAUGAUAUUUAAGAUAUAAUAAACUAAUUUGAUUGUUAAUUAAACAUAUUCACAGGAUUAUCUAUUACAAAUGAUGGCGUCAUUAGGCUGUUUUCAAAUAUAAAUUAGGUUUGCUUGGGAUUUUAGUAAUAGGAUGUAGUUUAAAUUCAAGAUCUUAUCAAAUUAAAUGUUAUAAACAUAGUAUAAUAAAGGAAUAAUUCUUUAAUAUAACAUUCUACUGAAUAGGCAAUUAAUUUUAUGAGUUCUCUAUCAAAUUUCCCUUUUUAAAUGGCUAGCUAAUGCUUUAAAAAAACAGGCAAGAUAUUAAAUUAUAUUAAAUCUUUUAUAGAUUAGAGUUAGACUGUAGAUUAAUGCUAUGAAGAUUUUAAAAACGAAGAGUUUCAAAACUAUACUAAAGUGUUUUUCUAAUUUUUAGAGGAGUAUAGUAAGCUUAAUCCUUAUUAAAUGUACCACUAUUAAAUUGGUAGACUUAAUUUAAUAUUAAGAGAUAUGGAGUACUAUCACACUGGAUACUCAAAACCUUAUUUGGAGUUUUUAGGAAUGGAUUAUGGAUCUCUAAGCUAGCUUUUACUGAGAAGAAAGAAGGUUGAUUUAGUAAAAGAUAAGUAAGAAAUCACAAAUAUAAGUCUAUAAGCUUUAUCAAUAAUGUACUAGUCUAAUGGAGAAGAGUAAUAUGAAUCUGAAAUAACAACAUUUGAUGGCUAUCCAAUUAAGAUAAAGCUUAUCAAGAAAAAUUACACCAAAUUAUUUGGAAUCCAAAAUUUUUUAGCUGACGAAUGCGAAUAUCAAUUCUUAGUCACAGAAAUAGAUGUAGAUUUAAAAGAUUUACAGCAACUAAUCCAAUACAGAGAAAAAAUUUGUUAAAGAUCAGAGUAAAUAAAUAUAUAAGAUUUUUUGAGAAGAGAGCUCUCUUACCUAUUUGAGGAUGUAGAGUAUACUAUUGAUUCAUAUUAUUUAUUUGAAAAAUUCUAUUCUCAAAAUAUAAUUACACUAAAAUAAAUUGAAUAAUUUAAAAAGAAAGAUUUUUCUAAAAUAUGUGGAUACAGACAAAUAUUAUCUUGAAUAAAAAACUACUUUUUUAAAUGAAACAAUCCUGUAUUUAACAAUUAAAAAAAUAUUUUAUUUACUUAUGCUUAAAUAAACACUUUAAAUAAAACUGAAAAUUUAAUUUGGCAAAUAGAUUAAUAAAAACUUAUUAAAUAAUAAUUAAUCAAUUUAAUUAUAUUUAAAUUAUGAAAAUCAAUCUAGCGUUCUUAAAA